AUGGGUUUGUCUUUUCAGAUUUUUGGACUGAAACUGCUGGAGAAAAUGUUUCACAUGUUAUUGUUCUGUUUGAUCGAGUGGCGUCUGGUUGGUGUGUUUGGUGAUGAAGUGAAGUCAGUGUCAGUGAUGGAGGGAGAUUCUGUUACUCUAUACACUCACCUUACUGACAUGCAGACUUUUCAUCUGAUACUAUGGAGGUUUGGACCUUCUGACACUCCAAUAGUUUCAAAUUAUAGAGACAUCAGUAAGAUCUCAAUAUAUGAUGAUGUUCUUGAUGGGAGAUUCAGACACAGACUGCAGGUGAAUAAUCAGACUGGAGAUCUCAUCAUCACAAACAUCACAACUCAACACACUGGACUUUAUCAAAUAAACAUCUUUCUCAGCAUCAGUAACACUCGUCUGCCCGUUCCUGUCAUCACCACGAACUGUUUACAAAACUCUUCAUUAAGUUCAAACUGUUCCUUAUUGUGUUCAGUGAUAAAUGUGAGAGAUGUGAGUCUUUCCUGGUACAAAGGAAACAGUUUAUUGUCCAGCAUCAGUGUGUCUGAUCUCAACAUCAGACUCUCUCUACCUCUGGAGGUUGAAUAUCAGGAUACAAACACAUACAGCUGUGUGGUGAACAAUCCCAUCAGUAAUCAAACUCAACAUCUCAACAUCACUGAUGUCUGUCAGCCGUGUUCAGACUCUCAUAACUGUUGCGAUACUACUAAAGCUGUGAUCCGAUUGGUUGCCUCUGCUCUGGUGGGCGUGGCUACUGUAGCUGUUCUGAUUUAUGACAUCAGAUCCAGAACAGCUAGAUCAUGA